GGGUUUGAAUCAAACAGUUUCCAGUUACAUUCCAGUUAAUACCCACCCAAAUCAAAGACCCAACUAAUCAAAUCAAUCAUCCUCAAUCUUGGAGCUCUGUAGCUUCUCUCGUCUUCAAUCAAACAUCCCCAUAUUUGAACCCAUAUCAAAGUUGUUUCCUUUUUUGUUUUGUGUGAAGCGCCAUGACUGAAGUCCUUCACUUUCCUUCAUCUCCAACCGCUUCUCCUUCAUCUUCUUCUUCUUCUUCUCAUUCACCUUCUUCCUUAUCCUACAAUGCGGCUCUCCGGAGCAGGAACAACAACAACAACAACCCAGUUCCUGGAUUCGCGCAAGAUGUUGACUUUUCAAUCGAACAACAAGAUUUGACAAGACGGAGCAGCGAAGAAGAUGAUGAUGGUAAUGGUGGGGAAGAUCAGAUUUCGUUGUUGGCUCUUCUUGUCGCCAUUUUCAGGAGAUCUUUGAUUUCUUGCAAGAGUAAUCGGAGGGAGCUCUGUAGCAUGGAGAUCGGAUGGCCUACCAAUGUCCGCCACGUGGCUCACGUCACCUUCGAUCGUUUCAAUGGCUUCUUGGGUUUGCCUGUUGAGUUUGAGCCUGAAGUUCCCAGGAGGGCUCCCAGCGCCAGUGCAACAGUCUUUGGGGUAUCAACCGAAUCGAUGCAAUUAUCAUAUGAUUCAAGAGGCAAUUGUGUACCAACCAUUCUUUUGUUGAUGCAAAACUGUUUAUAUGGUCAAGGAGGCUUGCUGGCAGAGGGCAUUUUUAGACUCACUGCUGAGAAUAGUGAGGAAGAGGCGGUUAGGGAGCAACUAAACCGAGGAUUUAUACCUGAACGAAUUGAUGUUCACUGUUUGGCAGGGCUUAUCAAGGCAUGGUUUAGAGAACUCCCUACAAGCGUUCUUGAUUCGUUGUCGCCUGAACAAGUGAUGCAAUGCCAAACAGAUGAGGAACAUGUCGAGCUUGUUAGGCUUCUUCCACCUACAGAAGCUGCUCUGCUUGACUGGGCCAUCAAUCUAAUGGCUGAUGUUGUUCAGUAUGAACAUCUUAACAAGAUGAAUUCACGCAACAUCGCCAUGGUUUUCGCACCUAAUAUGACACAGAUGGAUGAUCCGUUGACAGCACUGAUGUAUGCGGUUCAAGUGAUGAACUUCCUCAAGACACUAAUCGAAAAAGUUCUAAGGGAAAGACAAGACUCAGUGGUCGAGCAAGCUCAUGUAUUCCCUUUAGAACCUUCUGAUGAGAGCGGUAACCAGAGCCCUUCACAGUCUUUGGCUUUUAACACCGUUGAGCAAAGUGACGAGACGCAAUCAGACUACAUUGAAAACACAGAAAAUCAGAGCUCAAGCAGCGAGAUAUCAGACGAGUUAAUCUCAGAGAGCAAUGCAUCUGAACAGAGAGAAUCAGACUGUGGAAAAUACAGGACCAGGAGAUUGAGCGACUCGGAUAUACAGGUGCUGACUCUGGCUCCUCCAGCUCAGUGGCCUGUGAGUAGAACAAAGGUAUUAACCAACUUGAGCCGUGUAGGUUCGAGGGUAGAACGUACUGAAGCUUGGCGGUGAAUUAAAACGAGCAGAGAGAGAAUCCCUUGAGGAGACUGUGAGCUUGUUCUUCAAAAUCAAAUGUUGCUUGAUUUGUUUUGUAUGUGUUAAUGUGGUUUCUGUUGGUGACAUUGUUCUACAUUUUUGGUCAAUGUUCUCAAUUGCCUUCUUUGUGAUAAACCGUCCAUACCAAUACUUAACCAAAUUUGUAAACCGGUGUCUCUCUCAUGCAUCGGCAACGAAAUUGUGAAGCAUCUUCUCCCUA